CUCCCACUGCAUGCAGAUAACUCCCAAACUCUCUGCUCUCCUCAGGUUUAAGACCGGCUAGAGUUGCUGCAGACCUUCAGGUUUGGUUCUUCUGAGAACAUUACCGCGUCCUUAAAUCCCGCGCAACAGGGGAAAAAAAAAAAAGACUUUUUAAUUUUUACGCACAAAUCCGCCCAAUCUACGUAAGGUUACGCAAGAGAAAGUGAUAUCUACUAGGGAGGCUCGAUUGGAGGAAAAAAAAAAAAAAAAAACGGGAACAAAGAAGAGCACAUAUUUAAGUUUCACAAGGAGCAACAGGAAAAAUGUCUAAACCCAAUUACUCCGGGACGUAUCAUCUGGUGGAGCAGGACAAUAUGGACACCUAUCUGGAAGCUUUAGAUAUUAAUUUCGCCCUGAGGAAGAUCGUGUGUCUGCUGAAACCCACUAAGGAGAUCACCCACGACCCGGCCACGGGGGCCAUGAAGAUCCGAACCCUCACCACUUUCAAGAACUUCAACAUGGACUUCACCAUCGGGAAAGAGUUCACGGAGGACCUGGGACCCGUGGACGGCCGUACCUGCCAGACCACAGUGAGCUGGGAAGGAGACAAACUUGUUUGUGUACAGAGAGGAGAGAAAGAGGGACGAGGCUGGACCCACUGGCUGGAAGGCAACAAGCUCCAUUUGGAGAUGAGAGUUCAAGGCAUCGUUGCCAAGCAAGUCUUCCAGAAGGCCAAUUGAAGUUGCUGCAAAUCUGCUGCAGCACACAGCCUGGUUUUAAAGUAGACGGUACAAGAACUGAAUCAUGUCUAUAUAGCACUUUUUUAUUACAAUCAUAAAAUUGUUCCAGAUCAUAAUGACAGUAUAAACACCGUUGAACAUAUGUUCAGUGUGAUGGCAUUUAGAGUCGAAGAGCCAAAAAAAAAAAAAGAAUGUGUAAACAUCCCCAAGUUGUUUCCUUGUAUUGCACAGCAAAUCUUACACUUGUCAUGGUUUGCUUCUGCAUCUGCAUUAUGUUAAAAGAUAAUUAAUAAUGUCUGGUACUAUUACCGUAUAUCUUGUACACUUUUUACGAGUUAUAUAGAUACUGAAAAUCUGUGGUUGAAAUUGGUAAAAUCUACAUUGCAAGGUACAAUAAUGUCAGUGAUCUAACAAAUAUAACACAAGUUCAACUAGACAUCCUUAGAAAAAUAAAUCAUACUCUGCUUUCAGAGUGGUAAAAGAGAAAAUAAAAAAGAUGAAGACUUUUUUCAACUCUUCAACAGAGCAACAGUAUAAAGACAACACAUCGAAUGGUAAAAUGAAGACAUUCAUCCUCAUGUCCCAAUUUUUAAAACAUGGCCUGAAAGACUCACACACAUUCACUGUUCUUGUAGCUAAUUAGACUAAUUGUUGAAGCAAUAGUCCAAGGUUUCAGAAUCCAGGUUCUGUUAAAGGUUAGAAAGAUUUAAUCUCUUACCUGCUGCAGCAAAGUCUCAUCUUCAUUAAAUAUUAAUCCAGAUUAGUUGGACUUGGACUCUGAAGCUAACAUCUGUUCUGCAGGCCAAAGCUGAUUUCUAGCCUCUUACAACAGUAAAAUGUGAAAAAUGCUUUAGGAAAUGUUAUUUUAUGAACAUUCAAGCUAUUGGAGCUUUGCAUUGUGAAGUAAAUUAGAAAAAAGCUGAUGAUUAUUUAGAUAAGAAAUGGUGGCAAGAGGCAGUGCGCCCUGUAAUGAUCUAGGGCAAAGGUUCCCAGUCAGAGUAACUAAUUUAUAGAAAAAUUAGGCUGUUUAAAAUUCAGUUUUCAUCUGUUUUUAUGCUUUAAAUGCUAACAUGAGGGUAAUAAAAAGCAGGAAACAGUUUUUCCCACAAGUGACUGUCAGUGGGGCCAAACUGCCUUCACACAGUUUUUGCAAGUCUGUAUUUUGUAAUUUACUACAUAUAGUUUAUUACCUUCAAAAGCAGAGAUUGUUUCUGAGCAAAUUUGAUCUAAAAAGGUCUUGUAUUUUACUACAUUUUUAAUUCAAUUAUUUAAAUUGACGUUGUUUUUGCUCACAACACGAUUUCCAUAAUCUGAACAAACCUCUUUAAUUUGUAUUUUAAAAUAAUUUAGGUCAAUAUCUCGUUAAAGUUGCUUCGUUAUGUACCGGUCUCUCUUCUUUUUAGCACAAUCUGAGAUUUUUAUUAUUUUCACACUAAACACAGGCGGCCAUUAAGUUUACAAAAUCAGAAAUAUCAAAAUAAAAACUGGUUUUCCAAAAUAAAAGAUGCUAUUUUAGAUUUUUGUGCAGGCGACACAUCUUAAUGCGUGACCCACAAGCCGUAAACUUCACUAUAAAGUUUUCAAAGUUGGAUUUGUUUUAAGGUGAUUGAAGUUCACUUCUUCCUUUCUUAGAUGAGCCAUUAGCUACAUCUUCCAGGACCAACAAAAUCUGGGUUUGUAUGAAAUGAAAAAGCCAUUAAAUAUAUUUGUCUGAGGUAAGAUAUUGGCUGCUUCUAACUGUUCAACAGAACCAUCUAGAAUGUCUGAAAAUGUUGUUAAUCUGUCAGUGAGUCCAAGUUUUCAUCAUGAACUCAUCAGAAUUCAUAAUCAGAAAUAGGAAGAUGUUUUCAUUAAUUUGAAAAAUUAACUUCCUGGAGUUUUGUAACAAAGAUUAAUCUCAUUUAUUUCUGUAAAAAAUGCAUCAGAUUUAACACACAAGACGCAGCCUCUGUACUGCUUACUGUUAAUCAUAAUAUUUAGGUGAGCUGUGAUUAACCCCGUUUUCGCUGUUUCACAGCCUCUUGGCUGAAUUGUGAACAAAAUCGUAUUGUUACAGUAACACAUCAUAUGAAAAGUAAAACAAACUUCAUUUAGUGCCUCGUGCAUGUUCACACCUCUGUUUCUCAUUCCAUCAAGUGCUGAUAUGUAAUUACAGUUCAGUCUGUUUGGGAUUGUAUGAAGGAGAAUGUUUGAAAAACAAUAAAGCCCAUGGCAAAGAUCUA